AUGAAUAAUGGGAAAUGUGAAUAUGCAACAUCCGGUGAGUUCAAAAAGGGAAGAAGCAUAACGAUUCCACAGACUAAUAAUGAAAAUAAAUUUACUACACUUGAAACAGCAACAACAACAACUGCUUAUGAUGUAUUACUAGCAGCAACAACAGCAACAAUAACAACAACAACAGCAGCAACAACAAUAACAGGAACAGCAACAACAGCAACAACAACAGCAGCAACAAUAGCAGCAACAACAACAACAACAGUAACAACAACUGCUACUACUAUUACUUCUGCCACUACUAUACCAAUAAGUACCACAAAUGCUGAAAGAGUUAGAAACGUUGAAGGAAAUAUUUCUAUUAAUGAUACUGUACCUGUUGCUACUGCAAGAACCACCACCAAUGAUGAUGUUCCAAUUGAGGGUAUUCAAUUACCGCAUAGAACAAUUUUACAAUCAUUUGAGAAUGAAACACUCGUAUGGUUGAUUUACCUUCAAAAAUUACUUGAAAAAAAUAUGCACACUUAUCACAGCAUAAUUGAAACAUUUGACAGCAGAGGUAGGAUAAUUAUAAGCAAUCCAACUUUUAUCAACGAUCUUAUCAGUGAAAACAACUUGCAUUUUCUGGAAGAGAUAGCUCAUGAAUUACAAGAAAAUCCUGAUAAGUAUAAAGUAUCAGUGGAGCGUACAGAUGAUCGACAAAGUUGGAUAGUUAUUCAUAUUGGUAAUUAUCAUAAACGCGAAAAUUUGAAGCAUGAAACAAUAUUUACGAAUAUUCCGGGAACGAUGCAUCAAUUUCCAGCAAGACGUGAUUUGCCGGAAGAGCUAAAAGCAAAUUAUCACACAAUCCGCAUCAAACUGCCUUAUGAAUUUCUAAACAAUAGUAUGUCGGGUAAAGAAAAAAUUCAACAAAAGCAAGGAUAUACAGGUUCACAGAAUACUUCUGAUAAUGAUGUGCAACGAUUGAAUAAUCAUAAAGAGAAAUUGACCUUCGAAAAACUUCCCAAAAAAUAUAUUGAAGAUCAGCAUGGCUAUCUAUACCGUAUUCGAAUUCAUGAUAUUAACAAAGAUUUACUGUUUACCAACAAUAUAACUGCUGAUCAUGAAAUGCGACAGCAAGAAAUGCAAAAAAGCAGGAGCGGAAAAAUCGAAAAUGAGGAUGACGAUAUUACCGGAAGAAAUACUUCACCAACUGUUAAUUCAUUCUGCUUUGGGAUGAUUAAUCGCCAACUAUUAUAUAAUGCUUCAUAUAAGACGCUCUAUGAUGUUUCCUUGGAACAGUGCAGAUGUGCUUGUGCUAUUACAUGGAAUGAUGAAGAUUGUGCGGUUAAAUGUAAAAGUUUUCAAUACAGUAAUAUUACACGAAUAUGUUUUUUGAAUGGAGAUGACCACAAUGGGAUAUUUGAUUUGGUAUAUAGCUGGGAUACUAAUUAUUUUUAUCGAAUAUGUAUGGUUGAAGAUAUCGUUAAAGAUGCAAUCCGCAACUGUCCAAUAGGUGGAAAGGUAAAGCUUGAACAAAUCGCAUCAGAAGGAAUAAAUGCAAAUUGGGAUACGACAAUAAGUAAAAAUGAAGCGAAUAAAACAAUUCAUUCAACUAGGAAGCGAUCAACGAUCGAUCAUCAGUCGAUGCUUUCAUCAUCAACUCAUCGUACGCAAUCCGUUUAUUGGCGGAAAAAGAGUGGAAAGGAAGAAGCAAGCAAGAAAGCAAUUACUGAAGAAGUGAUAUUAUUGCCUGGCUUAUGGAGUAAAAUAUUGAAAAAGAAAAAUGAUGCGAGAAAUUUGAAAAGUUUGGUACUUGAAAUAAUGAAGAAAGAAUCAGAAGAAAUAAAUGAUGGAACGGGUGGAUACCAAUAUAGGAUUGAAAUUCGACAUGGUGCUACCACUACUACAACCACUAAUACACCAUACAGUAACAACCGAGAGAUACAGUCCACAGAGAAUUCGGAUUUGGAAACAAUCAGGGAAUCAUUUGCUGCUACAAAAAUUUUGACGGAUUAUACUGCCAAAACGAGAACAACUAAGCCACUAUCUUAUGAAGAAGUUAAGUCACUAACAAAAAAAAAACCUAAAGUUAAAGUUAUGAGAACGGCUGAACACGUUAAAAUUAGAGCGAAUAAUAAGGAAGUCAGUCUAACUGUGGGAUUGGAUGGUACUUCUGAUGAUUACAGUGACAAUCAUAAUUUAAAUGAAAAUGAUAUCACAACGGUAUCGGUUACGGUAGCAGAAGGAUCCAGCAAAAUGAAGGCCAAUGAAAAGUUUGAAAUUCCUGAAGCAGAUUUUGAAGAUGCCAGUAAAACUGAACAAAAUUCGCCACCGAAAGCAGCUGAAAACUGUUUCGAAGUUAUUGAUGGAUUUAUACUGAAAGACACAGCUGGAGGACUUGAACAAGAAGUAACAUUGGAGGAGUGUCAGUGUUAUUGCGCUAAUAGCAGAAUCAAUGAACGUUACUCAUUUCAAUGCAUUUCUGCAACAUAUUACCACAAUGAACGUGACUGUAUCUUAAAUUUGCAAACAAGAAAUGAAGUUCCAGACCAAUUUAAACGACAGGAUAAUGUCAGUUAUUUGGGAAUGAUUUGUUCAGUAGAAGAUUCGAAACAACAAUUAGUGAAUAUUGAUUUGAUUGAUGGUUGCCGUCGAAUUGUUAACAUUUCAACUUCAACAACAAAGCCUGAGAUUUUCACGCCAGGUUUGGCUUAUAUAUCAAUUUUCUAA